CUUUUACACACUCCAUUGCGUUAGGGGGCGGUAUGUAACUCAUAACAUGUAUGUCAACCCGCCAAUGAACGCAAAGAAGAAAAAGGUACCGCCCCCCACCUGUGACUCAAUUCACGUUACAAAACACAGGCGUGCAGCACCGUUGUGUAAUAUCAACACCAGCGGCUCCUACUCUUAAACUGCGGCAUUGAACCCUGAAUAUCACACCUAUGCAGUCCGGUCGGAUGAGUAAGUGACGAGUCAAAUCUCCCGUGUUGUGUUAUACGAUAAAAAAAUAUAUUUUUGAAGGGGGGAAAAUGAAAACAAGACAGACGAAGUCCGCAGAUGCAAAUGCUAAACCGAAGAAAGCGACAGCGGGAAGUUCAGGUCCAGCGCUCUCCAAAAAACUACGAUACAGAAAACAUGGAGAAACAUCCAAAGGUCCUCCUGCUACGCCUGCAGGGGUUCAGAGGAGAGGAGGGUACAGCAGCAUCCUGCACUACAUUUACAAGAGCAGUCUGGGAGAAACCCUUCACUCCCAGAUGAGGCGGUGUCUGCAGCAACCCUUUGUCCGCUCGCUGUCGUCCUAUCACUUCCACGGUGCCACCAGCCCCUUCAACCGGAGAAUCACCUGCCUGGAGUGGCACCCCGCUCAUCCCACCACACUGGCCAUGGGCUCCAAGGGCGGCGACAUAUACCUGUGGGAUUUUGAGGUGCCCACUAAAAAAGUCUUUCUUCAAGGGAGCGGAGCGGGAGACUUUAUCGGAGGGAUGAAGUUUUGCCCGACGGACCUUUCCCAAGUCUACGUGGCUUCUGGCGAGGGCACGUUGACCACGCAGAGCUUCGAGGGCGGCCGCACGCCCACCGUUCUGUCCAGGACUCAAGACUGUGGCCACGAUCACCACAACGUCUGUUUCUGGUACUGCUGCGUGGAUGUGUCUAUAAGUCGACGGAUGCUCGUGACCGGAGACAACGUGGGACAGCUCGUACUCCUGGGUUUGGAUGGCCAAAAGAUUUUCAGUAACAAGCUGCACAAAGCCAAAGUGACCCAUGCAGAGUUCAACUCCUGCUGUGACUGGUUGUUGGCAACGGCCUCAGUCGACCACACUGUGAAACUUUGGGAUCUGAGAAACAUCAAAGACAAGCAGAGCUUCCUCCAUGAGAUGCCUCAUGAGAAAGCUGUGAACUCGGCCUAUUUCAACCCGUUGGACUGCUCCAAGCUGCUCACCACCGAUCAGUACGACGAGAUCCGGGUCUACUCUUCUUCUGAUUGGUCGAAGCCUCAACAUAUCAUCCAACAUCCACACAGACAGUUCCAGCAUCUCACACCCAUCAAGGCCACAUGGCACCCUAUCUAUGACCUCAUCGUGGCGGGCCGCUACCCUGAUGACCGGGUUUUCCCUGGAGAUCAGAGGACCAUCGACGUCUAUGAUGCCAACACAUCCGAGCUCGUGUGUCAGCUGCAGGAUCCCAGCGCUCCAGGAAUCAAAUCUAUCAACAAAUUCAAUCCAAUGGGUGAUGUUAUUGGAACUGGAAUGGGUGUGACGGCGCUGGUGUGGAACAGAGACAAGUCGUUGAUCGGUGAGCAGCCCAAAGGGCAGGAGGAAUCUUCUACCUCUGCAGGCAGUUUAAGAGGGCAGCAGAGGAGUCGGCAGCGCUCCAGCAGGGACGGGAGAGCUCCCGCUAUGGAUGCCAAGCUCAAGAAGAAACUGGCUUCUCUGGAAGAAUCAGAGACCAAGACCGGCUGCACCAAACAAAAACCGACACGGAUGAGGAAGAAGUAAACUGGAUCUUAAACUGGAGCCCAUUGUUUUUCUACUGUUCUAUAAUAAAAGUUUGUCAUAUUUCCUA